CCUGGGAGGAGCGGAGUGGCCAGAGCGUGCCUGGGAGUCCCCGACAUUCGAGUUUGAAACUGAAGUUGACACUAGCGAUGUCACCUUGAGGCAGGUUCCUUUGCCUAAGACUCAGUUUCUCCAUCUGUGAAAUGGUGACCUUAGCAAUAGUGCCUGCCUCAUCUACGCUGCCCGAGGUUAAACGAGAAGAGGGAAGUGCAGGACAGAUGUCUACGAUAUUGUCGUUUGGGUAUCGCUAUGCUCUUUUGAUUUCUGCACAAGAUUCACCGCCCACCCUGCCCAUCGCCCGGUGUCCAGCGCGCUGUGCGGGUGGACCAGUCACUGCUGGUCCUCCAAGCCCCAGACAACACGGCUGCAACCGCGGGGUCAGCACGGGACUGCGCUCUCACAUCGCUGAAAGCCGCCUGAAAGUCUGACGAUUUUAUUAUGAAAAAUUUCAAAAAACACAAAGUGAGAGACAAGGAAUAAAGAAUUCCCAUGUGCCCACUGCCCAGCUUGGAUCAUCUCUACAGGUUACUGCUGCAUCCCCUGCACCUAGAACAGUAUCCGGCAUAUGGCAAAGAUUCAAUACGUUUGUGCAGAAUGAAUGACCUCAUUGAGAACAAGAUCUUCUACCACACGCAACUGAUCAAAGAGGCCACUAAUUACAAAAUGCAGUCAAGAAGGAAAUAUUCGGAGGAGAAGCUUCACAGGAGGAAGUCCACAGGGAGAUACAAAUGAGCUUUCCAGAGCCAACAUCCCCCAAACCUAACUAUUCUAAUAGGAAUGUGUAUUUCUUAAAUCUCCAUCCUCUGUGACUGCUACAGAGCUUGUGACUACUGGCUCAUAACCAGGCUCUGCGGCUGUGGCAGUGGUAGCCUCAAGUUAGUCAAGAACCCUCGCCCCAAUCUGUCCCUCACCCUACUGAAGCAGAGGGAGAACAUUACCCACUUGGUUGCCCUUUAGUGCCCUUGUAGGACAUACUGAGUGACUAUCUCCUGUCAGGGUGGCUUCAGAGUUGGGUUCUGUGGGACCGAGGAAAAAUGUGAGGGGAGAGGAUCCUUCGAUGCACCUGAAGAUCCUAAGCUGGAGGCCACCCUUCAUCUCAACCCACUCGAACCCGCUGCAGGACAGAGGUCCCCGGCUCUCAGCAGGCACACCGCGCAAGCCCAGCCACCAGCUCAACGCGAAGGGGACGCACUCUGAGGCCGAGGCAAGGUGAGAGGGAGGGGUCGGCAAGACCCUGCCUCCGGGUCGUCACGUGGGAGGCGGGGUCGGAAGCGUGACGGCGUGCGCGGGGCGGGGCUACCGCUGCGCGCGGGCGCGGGGGCGGGGCGCGGCGCGGCGCGGCGCUCGCAACUGCUCGCUGGGAGGGAGGCCGGGCAGGCGGCGGAGCGGCGCGGCUCUCAAUCUGACGGGGAAGUGGCCCGCGCGGCCGUGGCUGACUACCCCGGGGCGGACGGACGGUCGACGGAGGCGGGGACCGGGACCUGAGCCGGGCAACCUAGAGAGCGAGCGGGUCAGGCUCAGCGUCGGCCACUCGGUCUGUCCGCUGAAUGAAGUGCCCGCCCAGCUGAGCCCCGAGCCCGGCGCUUUCCCCGCAAGAUGGACGGUUUCGCCGGCAGCCUCGAUGAUAGUAUUUCUGCCGCAAGUACUUCUGAUGUUCAAGAUCGGCUCUCAGCUCUUGAGUUACGAGUUCAGCAACAAGAAGAUGAAAUCACUGUGCUGAAGGCAGCUUUGGCUGAUGUUUUGAGGCGUCUUGCUAUCUCUGAAGAUCAUGUGGCCUCAGUGAAAAAGCCAGUCCCAAAUAAAGGCCAGCCAAGCCUUCGAGAAGCUAUUUCCUUGUCCUGUAUAACCAAUGGAAGUGGUGCAAACAGGAAACCAAGUCACAGCACCUCUGUCUCAAUUGCAAGAAAAGAAACUCUUUCAUCUGCUGCUAAAAGUGGUACAGAAAAAAAGAAAGAAAAACCACAAGGACAGAGAGAAAAAAAAGAGGAAUCUCAUUCUAAUGAUCAAAGUCCACAAAUUCGAGCAUCACCUUCUCCCCAGCCCACUUCACAGCCUCUCCAAAUACACAGACAAACUCCAGAAAGCAAGAAUUCUACUCCCACCAAAAGUAUAAAACGACCAUCAACAGCUGAAAAGUCACAUAAUUCAUGGGAAAAUUCAGAUGAUAGUCGUAAUAAAUUAUUGAGAACAGCUUCAACAUCAAAAUUAAUAUCGAAAGUUAUAAAAAAUGCAGACAAGCAUAAAGAUGUCAUCAUCAACCAAGAAGGGGAUUAUAUUAAAAUGUUUAUGCGAGGUCGGCCAAUUACAAUGUUCAUUCCUUCUGAUAUUGACAACUAUGAUGACAUCAGAACGGAACUGCCUCCUGAGAAGCUCAAACUGGAGUGGGUAUAUGGUUAUCGAGGAAAGGACUGUAGAGCUAAUGUUUACCUUCUUCCUACUGGGGAAAUAGUUUAUUUCAUUGCAUCAGUAGUAGUGCUAUUUAAUUAUGAGGAGAGAAUUCAACGACACUACCUGGGUCAUACAGACUGCGUGAAAUGCCUUGCUAUACAUCCUGACAAAAUCAGGAUUGCAACUGGACAGAUAGCUGGAGUGGACAAAGAUGGAAGGCCUCUACAACCCCAUGUCAGGGUGUGGGAUUCAGUCAGUCUAUCCACACUGCAAAUUAUUGGACUUGGAACUUUUGAGCGUGGAGUAGGAUGCGUGGAUUUUUCAAAAGCAGAUUCAGGUGUUCAUUUAUGUGUUAUUGAUGACUCCAAUGAACAUAUGCUUACUGUAUGGGACUGGCAUAAAAAAUCAAAAGGAGCAGAAAUAAAGACAACAAAUGAAGUUGUUUUGGCUGUGGAGUUCCACCCAACAGAUGCAAAUACCAUAAUAACAUGUGGUAAAUCUCAUAUUUUUUUCUGGACCUGGAGUGGCAAUUCACUAACAAGAAAACAGGGAAUUUUUGGGAAAUAUGAAAAACCAAAAUUUGUGCAGUGUUUAGCAUUGUUGGGGAAUGGAGAUGUUCUUACUGGAGACUCAGGUGGAGUCAUGCUUAUAUGGAGCAAAACUACUAUGGAGCCUACCCCUGGGAAAGGACCGAAAGGUGUAUAUCAAAUCAGCAAACAAAUCAAAGCUCAUGAUGGCAGUGUGUUCACACUUUGUCAGAUGAGAAAUGGGAUGUUAUUAACUGGAGGAGGGAAAGACAGAAAAAUAAUUCUAUGGGAUCAUGACCUGAAUCCUGAAAGAGAAAUAGAGGUUCCUGACCAAUACGGCACAAUAAGAGCCGUAGCAGAAGGAAAAGCAGAUCAAUUUUUAGUAGGCACAUCACGAAACUUUAUUUUACGGGGAACAUUUAAUGAUGGCUUCCAAAUAGAAGUACAGGGUCAUACAGAUGAGCUUUGGGGUCUUGCCACACAUCCCUUCAAAGAUUUGCUCUUGACAUGUGCUCAGGACAGGCAGGUGUGCAUGUGGAACUCAGUGGAACACAGGCUGGAAUGGACAAGGCUCGUAGAUGAACCAGGACACUGUGCAGAUUUUCAUCCCAGUGGCACAGUGGUGGCCAUAGGAACGCACUCAGGCAGGUGGUUUGUUCUGGAUGCAGAAACCAGAGAUCUAGUUUCUAUCCACACAGAUGGGAAUGAACAGCUCUCUGUAGUGCGCUACUCCAUAGAUGGUACCUUCCUGGCUGUAGGAUCUCAUGACAACUUUAUUUAUCUCUAUGUAGUCUCAGAAAAUGGAAGAAAAUAUAGCAGAUACGGAAAGUGCACUGGACAUUCCAGCUACAUUACACACCUUGACUGGUCCCCAGACAACAAGUAUAUAAUGUCUAACUCGGGAGACUAUGAGAUACUGUACUGGGACAUUCCAAAUGGCUGCAAACUAAUCAGGAAUCGUUCGGAUUGUAAGGACAUUGAUUGGACGACAUAUACCUGUGUGCUAGGCUUUCAAGUCUUUGGUGUCUGGCCAGAAGGAUCCGAUGGGACAGAUAUAAAUGCAUUGGUGCGAUCCCACAACAGAAAGGUGAUAGCUGUUGCAGAUGACUUUUGUAAAGUCCAUCUGUUUCAGUAUCCCUGCUCCAAAGCAAAGGCGCCCAGUCACAAGUACAGUGCCCACAGCAGCCAUGUCACCAAUGUUAGUUUUACUCAUAAUGACAGUCACCUGAUUUCAACUGGUGGAAAAGACAUGAGCAUCAUUCAGUGGAAACUUGUGGAAAAGUUAUCUUUGCCUCAGAAUGAGAUUGUAGCAGAUACUGCUCUAACCAAAGCCCCCGCCUCUUCCAUUGAAAGUGUCAUCCCAUCUAAUACUCCCACACCACCUCCUUCCCAGCCCUUAAAUGAGACAGCUGAAGAAGAAAGUAGAAUAAGCAAUUCUCCCACACUUCUGGAGAACAGCCUGGAACAGACCGUGGAGCCAAGUGAAGACCACAGUGAGGAGCAGAGUGAAGGGGGCAGCGAAGAUCUCGGUGAACCUAUUUGUGUAGAGCCAUCCGAUGAGAUGAGUGAAGAGCAGAAUGAAGCUGCACUUCCCGAGAACCAGCAAGACCCUUCACCCUUGUCUUAACACUUGGUCUCAGGGUGACUUUCCUCCUUCAACUGCAUGUGAUUUUAUGAUAAAGUUCAGAUAACAGGAUGGGCAGUGAUGGAGAAUCACUAUUGAUUGAGAUUUUAGUUUCCAUGUGAUCUGUUUUCUUCAAUACUCUUAUUCUCUCAAGUGCAGCCAACCUAAAGGUUCAGUUUGGUGUGCAUUGAAAAUUAACCAAACUGAAUAACAGAAGACUGAAACAUUAUGUCUCAGAAAUUACUGUGUCUGUAAGUGAUGUGAUACAAAUACUGGAAGUAAAAACAGCAGUUGUAUUGAUUUUGAAAAUAAACCCCCUUGUUAUCUGAACGUGUUUUCUUCAGGAGCAACCAGAAGCAUCACAAACACUGUUACUCAUCUGCUGGCUCAGACUGUACUACUUUUAUUUCCUGAAGCAGAAAAAGAAACCAGAAAAAAAAAAGUGUGCUCUUAUUGAGAUAUCCUCUCACUCCAAAUGUCUGAUAGGAAUUUUUUAAUUAAGAAAAAUGUCAGUGUUGCCAAGUGCAAUGGUAUUGCCUUCUUGACUAAUAAUGUUCUCUUACACUACUAUAUGUCCAGAUGUGCUCAUUUGUCUACUAGAUAGGUGCUGCCUUUUCUAAGUCAUAACGACAAAGUCCCUCAAUUUCUUGUGUGCAAAUCUAGUUUAUCCUACAACUAAGGAAGCAUUGGUUUGUUAAAGAGCUUUUAAUGUAUAUUAAAUCAUUAAUACUCAGAAAUGAUAGAUUCUUCUAAGGAGUCCUUUACCAGCCUAAACAUUCUCAAAUGUUUGGCAUUCAAGUGAAUGGAAGAAAAAAACCACAUGCCUUUAAAACUAAACUGUAAUAAUCAGCUGGCUAAUUUUAGCUAAGCCUUCAUAAUUUGUUCCCUCAAUCACAGGAGAAAUACAAAUAGAGUAAGUUUAAAUGAUUUAAUUGGUGCUUGAAAAUUCAUUGGUUUAGUUGUAAUUUUUAUACAAAUUAUACUGAGGGAUAAGAUAAUUCAGCAAAUGACAAAUACUUUUUUUACAAAAUGUGAAUGAAAGUCAGUAAUUUUUUAUAAAUUGCAUACUUAACAGACUUGCUGUAUAGUAAUUUUUUUUCUGGUAGAGAUGCUAUAAGCCUUGCAAGUCUAAUGUGGCUAUCCUGCUAUUUGGGGCAAAGCCAUGUAUUAUUAUGCAUUGGAAAGGGUUUUUUGAAGUUUUGUUGGCCAACUGUUUUUCUUAAGUACCUGUUUCCUACUUUAAAAUACUCACUGACAAAAAUAUAUUCCUAUAUAUUUGUUUAUACUUUGAUUAUAAAAAAACUUUUUAUUUUUUACCUUGCUGCAUGUUUUGAUACUUUUUAUUUUUUUGUUCAGAUCAUGUUUAGAAACUUUGGAUGAGUUCAGAAGUCUUAAGUAUGCAAGCGUUUAUGUGAUUGUGCCAUUCCAAAGUGCAUCAGAACUGUCAUUCCCUUCUAGUACCUUCUCAGGAGUAAUACAGAUCAGGUAUUUCAUUGUCAUUUGGUAAUAUGAAAACUCCAGUGAACUCCCAAGGACACUUACAUUUUUAUUCACACUCUGUAUGGAAGGGUGUGGGUGUGUGUGAAAGGGCGAGUGGAGACACUUAAUCUGUGUUUAUGUGUAUCUCUAGACAAGAUAUGCACCACACUGAAAAUACUCAUUGUAGGGCGGCGCCUGUGGCUCAGUGAGUAGGGCGCCGGCCCCAUAUGCCGAGGGUGGCGCGUUCAAACCCAGCCCCGGCCAAACUGCAACAAAAAAAUAGCCGGGUGCUGUGGCGGGCACCUGUAGUCCCAACUACUCGGGAGGCUGAGGCAAGAGAAUCGCUUAAGCCCAGGAGCUGGAGGUUGCUGUGAGCUGUGUGAUGCCACGGCACUCUACCAAGGGCCAUAAAGUGAGACUCUGUCUCUACAAAAAAAAAAAGAAAAUACUCAUUGUAGGUUUCUGUGUAUAGAUAACAUGUCUGUGUAUAUCUCUUCCUUUUGUUUACAACUAUUCAAAAAAAAAAAAACCUCAAAGUAGUUCUUUUAAAAAAAAAAAAAAAAAGACAUAGAUUCCAAGUGACCCAACUUUUUCCAGUAUAUUCUGUACAAAGUUAUCAAGAGAGCACCAGUAAGUAUCAGGCAUAUACACACAUACCUAUUAGCAGUGCUGAUUAAAUCACCAGAUCAGCACGUGCAGUUCUCUGCAAGAAGAAUACUAGGAGAUGAACAAGCAAUUCUUGGAACAGAACGAGCAUACCUUUAAGUAUGUGGGGGAUACAGCUCUCAGUGAUAAACAAGAAGUUUAUUUGAGGACAUUGGACACCUUCAGGUUGCCAUGUACAAUGAGAGUUAUGAUCCAAAUACUCUUGGGUGGUAGUUCAAAAGACACUACUAAUAUGCAGAAAGCAUUCCAGCUAUCUAAUGCUGGCAACUACUGUUUAAUGGUCAGUUAAAUCUGUGAUAAUGGUUGGAAGUGGGUGGGAUUAUAAAAUUGUAGAUGUUUUUAGAAAAAACUUUUGUGAAUGAAAAUGAAUCCAAGUGUUUCAUGUGAAGAUGUUGAGCCAUUUCUAUCAUGCAUUCCUGUCUCAUGGCAGAAAAUUCUGAAGAUUAAAAAAUAAAAUAAUCAAAAUGUUUCCUUUGUCU